AUGAAGAAAACAAAUAACCCGGCAAUAACCCAGAGAAGGAGAUAUGAGAAAGGAAAAGGCUGGACUGGUAAACAUCAGACUCUAAACACUUCCGCUCUCCACCAGUUACAGUCCUCGGAACAACAAUCGACCGUCCCGCAAAUCUUAUCGGCAGCACCGCGUGUUGUGUCUCAACCGUCGCAAAGCAGUCCUGCAUUCCAGGCGAUUGGGAACAUGUUCGCACCCAAGACUACCGCGCCUGCUGCAGGUGCGCUGACUAUCAGCACCACCCCGACGUCCUUGUUUGGCACCGCAAACACUCAAAAUACACCGGCUGCGGCAUCGGGCACGACGGCCACCCCAAGUCUUUUCGGCAACACCACCUCCACAGCACAGGCAAAGCCAGCAACCAGUCUAUUCGGAAAUACCCAACAGUCAUCAACCACGGGAUCAAGCAUGUUUGGUACCCAGCAGCAGCAGAGUGGAUCUACCCCGGCCCCAAGCAUGUUCGGUGGCCAGCAACAAACUGCGACAACCACAACUCCUAGCCUAUUUGGUGGCCAGCAGCAGCAGACCGGGACAACCGCAACCCCAAGCUUGUUUGGGAACACCACAUCCACAGCUACCACACAACCCGCCGCGACAUCCGGUCUAUUCGGAGGCACAGCGGCUCAGACUCAGCCAAAGUCUACAUUCAACCUUGGGGGCUCUACCACUGGGGGAGGCCUUGGAGGAGGUCUUGGAGGAGGCCUCUUUAACACUACCCAACAACCUCAGCAACAGCAACAGCAACCCGCGAAGCCCUCACUUGGCGUUUUCAGCAAUCCAGGCGCAACUCAAAGUGCUCAGCCCUCCCUACUCGGACAAAGUACCGCAACGAGCACUGUUGUCCAGGGUGUGAAGGUUGAUGUCAGCAACCUACUUCCCACCACCAAAUUCGAGAGCUGUUCCGAUGAGCUUCGCCGAGAGAUUGAGGCCAUAGACAAUGCCAUUCUCAAUCAGAUGAAGCUAUGCCAUGAAGUUGCAGACAUUCUCCCCACCAUCGAGUCGCAGGGCGCCUCAAUCCCCAAUGAUGUGGACUUUGUGCAGGGCAAGCUGGAGACCAUUCAACAUGCCUUGGAGAACGACGCGAAUGAUAUUGACCAGCUGCGCGGUCUAGUCGCCCGAGAUGCAUCCGAGGCUCAGGUUGCAUUCCGCGCUAUCGAUACCCUCAAGCUGCCCCUUCAGUACCAGACGCCGGGCGGUGGUGGCUGGUGGUCAAUGCAGGACCAAAAGGUUGCCGAUCGAUCCUCUCUUCGAUCGACUCGCAAGAACACCCUUGCGCUGCCAGAUGACGUGGAAGGAGAUCCGGCUACUGCCAAGAGUGUGAACGGUGUUCCCGUGAACCUGGUGGACUACUUCUCCCAGCGCUCCGAUGAGAUGAGCACUGUUCUUGACCGCUACAAGGGCACCAUGAAGGAAAUUGAAGAUCACCUGCACGGCGUGGAACUCAACUUGAACCGCCAGAUCAACGAGUUUGUCAGCAAGUCUCGCGAUGGGGCGAGUGCCGGAACUCCCAAGUCGGUCAUCAAUGAACUGGCUGGUGUGCUGGGCGAUGUGGAGGCUGGCAUCAUCGGUGUUGCGUCCCGUCUAGGGAGCGUGCAGGAGCAAGUCCAGGAGAUGACACUCGGCCCACUGUCGGCGGAGAGUCGAUUUGGGCACUGA